UAUGACUUGUGCAUGUGUGUUCCUUAUCCUUAUACAUUCCCUAGUACCUAACAUCUUGAGUUUAGGCACUCCAAAAUUACAAGGAUCGUUGAUCUUUUCUCCCGAGCCUGCUCAUCAAUUACUGCCAAAGAUGAUUCCCUGGGAUUGUCCUUCUCAGUUUUCCGAGUUGAUUGAGAAAGAGAUCACUAGGUCAUUAUUGCAGUCAGAAGAAAAUUAUCUUGUUGUGAGGACCUUAGAAGUAAAAUCAGAAGUGAUGCAUGGUGGUUUGGUGACAUGUGGAUUUAGAAAGGACAGUACAGAGGCCAGGAAGAAAGCGAUGCUCGAUAGGAAUUGCCUUGAAUUUGAUCACGAUGCUUUUGUUACCUCAACUAGCCCAGUUACAUUUGUCAGGCGAAACUGUAGAAGAAAGCUUGAUCAUGUAGUCUCUUCAGAUUCCGAAGAUGAUACUCGAAAUUUUAUAGCACUAGGUGAAAUUCCCAGUGAUGACAUGAGCAGGAAAAACUAUUUAAGCAGACAAGCUGACUUUGAAUCGAGUUUAAGAGCAGAGGAAUUGAAGGAAAACUGUUACCAGUAUUCAGAAAAUGCAGUAGAUUUACACUCAAAUCAAAUCCGCCAAGCAAUUGAUAUCUCAUGUGUUCCGGAGUCAUCGUUUGUUCCAGAGACCAAAAUCGAUGACGAAACAAGGUUGUCAGUUGAUCAAGUGACUUCUACUUUGGAAGAAGUGCCAGUGACCAAUGGGUUUGAUCUCAAUCUAUCGUCAGUGGAGGAAGAUCUUGAUGACUGCAUAUCUGAAUCAUACAGAGUUUCUGAAAUUUUGGAAAGCAAUUGCGAUCAACUGUUGCCGACCUCGUCACAUCAGGAGAUUGAAGAUUCAUAAACUGAUUUUAUGGGAGUUGUUGCUGGAGAGUACCAAUUGAUGGACGAGUGUAGCCGAAUUGAUUUCAAUAAGAAAUGCCCAAUGGCCGCAGCACAACUUGGAUGGUUGGAUGAAGCUGAUAUGGUUCGAGAGACCUGGAGAAAACUUCGUCACCGGUAUUCAGAUCUAAAACAUUUGUCUGUAUCAGAAGAUGAAAAUGCUUCAGGAAUCGUCAGGCUUGCAUGUGCAAUGAGCAAUCAUGUUUCAGACGCUGAGAUGCUGUUUUCAGAGUGCUAUUUGCCUGGUUCCUCGGAGCUCUUUACUGCUCUUUCCGGGGUAUCAGAAACAUUCAGCUGGCAUGCUAGGCAGCGAGAGAUGGUGUCGAACAUUGUGCAUCAUGGCUUUGGCUGCUAUGUCGAUGACAUUAACGGUUUGAGGUUGAAAAUGGGUUCUCAUGACAAAGUAAAUUUGACUUGGGCAAUGUUGUCUAUCGGCAGCAUGGUGGAAGCUGAUUCCUCCUCUAUGUUCCAAGAUCCAAGUGAGAGAGUGAUAGCACGCAGUGAACCCGAUAGAACGAGUAGCCUGUCUGGAGGUGGAGGAUUGGCAAAGAGGGCGAACCAGUCUCAUAUCUUGGACAUAGUUCGUUCCGUUGUCCCCUCACGAUCAUAUUCUACAAUCAAAGGUGAAUAAUUUCAGGAGUACCUUUCUGCACUGAGCCACAUAUCAAGAUCAGAAGCUUCCCGUUUAUCAGAACAAGGCAAUAGUGUAGCACGAAGACGGAGGUAGGUACUACUUGCCUUUCGGAUCAAGAUGAUGGGAAAUAUUUCAUUACGGAUGGACUUAUUGUUUGAGCCUCUUGAUUACAAGUUCUGCGUCGGUUUUGUCCACUUCGUCCAUUGCACAAUGAAAUCUUCUUAAUUACAGGACGAGGGCAUCUCAGCAUUACUUGAGUAGCGGCUUAUUAUCCCUAUCUCCUGAUCAGAUCUCGCUGUUGGACAAGUGCAACACCUACAAGCAUGCUUCUGCAGAGAAUCGCACUGAUACUAGAUGAAAGAGUUGCAUAACACUGUUGUCAAAGUAAACUUCACUAACUUAAGAUAGUCAAGAGUCUUCAGCGCCUUUAUACUCCUAGAAAUAACAGGGGUUCGAUCUGCUUUCGGAGAGGGUACUUGUGCGUAUUGGAUGAAGCGGAGGAAGUGGCAGAUGCAUACUCAUUACUGUGUGCAGCCAUAUGAUUAUGCGACCUCUAGCCCUGGCAGUGGCCGUUUUCCAAACAUGCCUAGCAAAUUGUUCAGAAAAGAGAGCGGGAUAACCAGUUUGUAGAUAAUAUUGGCCUCAUACCAACGAGCGAUUCACAUGUGACCCGAAUUCUAUGGGAGAGUUUAAUAGAUGUUUGAUUUAUCUUGUGUGCUUACUAGAUCAUGAUAACUUGCCUAGAAAUAUAACAUUUUUUCAAACAUGCCUAGAAAAAUAAACAUUUUUUUGCGUGCUUAGUAGAUUAUGAAGAAAUAAUAGCAUGAAGUAAAAAUGAUGGUUUGCUAAGUCAAACCCCAUAGUCAUAAUAACUUAUUCAUGUGAUA